AUGGAGAGUGAAUCAUCGAGUGUUGCAAAUGGGAGAACCACUUGGACUCCUCCAAUGGAUCAACUGUUUAUAGAACUUAUGGUGGAACAAGUCGUUGGUAAACAAUUACUUGAUGGUCAAUUUAGCAAAAUUGCCUGGGUGAGCAUUGUCACCAAAUUCAAAGAAAGCUUUGGACCUUGUUUUAAUAAGGAAGUGCCGAAAAAUCGCAUGAAAACUUUGAAGAAAAUUUUUAAUGUUGUAAGUAGUCUUAGAGGUCAAAGUGGUUUUGGUUGGAAUGAUGGAAAAGAAAUUGUGACUGCACCUGAUGCUGUAUGGAGUAAUCAUAUCGAGAAACAUCCGGAAUGCAAACAGUGGAGGACAAGGUCUCUUCCACAAUAUAAUGAACUAGCUAUGAUAUUUGGUGACAGUAGGGCCACUGGAAAGUAUAGCAGGUUUAGGGAUGAUAAUAAUCGGGAUAAUAAUGAGGUCGAUGAGGAUCGUGAUGAUAAUACUGAAGACCAGAAUGAGAAUCCUGAAGACCAUAACGAGAAUACGUAUGGAAACGGUAGCGUCAGCGAUGAUAAUACAUCUGAACCGCAAAAAAAGCUGAGAACAUCAAUAGGAUCUAGUUCUCGUUCAUUUAAAAAGACAAAAAAGAGUAUUGGUGAAGGUAUGGUGGAAGCAAUUAGUUUGAUGGCAAGUGUUGUUAACAAUAUAGCGACCAAAAAAGAGGAAAAUAGAAACUCUUAUCUGGAGAAAAGUGUAGUUGCUGCACUUGAGGAAAUAGUACCAGAACUGGAUGAUUUUUUAUUCAUGCAAGGUUUAGAGUUAUUGGAAGAUGAGAAAAAAACAAAGAUUUUCAUAGUGUUGAGUGGGGAUAGGAGACGACGUUGGUUAUUGUCAAAGCUUAACUAUUCCGAUUACUAUUAA